AUGAAUCGUGAUCCUAUUGUAACUCGUUCAAAAGCAAAUUCAAAUAUUAGUGAAGCUUUGUAUGAUGAGCUUGAUAGUUCAAGUAGCAGUAAUGAACAAGAAUCUGAUAACUUCGAUGAGUUUGAAGUUACUCAAGAUAUAGAAAGCCUAGAUAAUUUAAUUGAAUUUGAACAAAAUCAAGAAACUGAAAGUUCCGAUAUUGAAAUAUCUACAUCACAUGAUAAUGACAAUUCUACUGAAAAUAAUCUUAUAGCUCGUUCAAAUAAACAACAACCUCAUAUUGAUAAAACAGCAACAAGCUCACUUGACCGACAUAUUCAAACACAACAUAUAGGAUUAUAUGAUAAUUUUUGUCAAACAACAUUAGAUCGUUAUCUACAUCCUGAACCAUAUCCAUAUAAUAUUCAAGAAAAAAAGUAG